AUGCACCAACCUCAUCUAUUUCGCUCCGUUUCUUCUGGACACCUUCCUCCGGGCUUUCGCCUACGGGACCAACUUCUUCAAGGACCCCUGGCGGUCGUCUACCUUGGCUGCGUCGCACUGUACAGCAUCGAGGAGUUCAACGCACAUUUCACCUCCACCCACCAGGUUAUUGCUGUUCUGCCCUUCCUGCGGGCUGGCAUCUUCAUCGUCUUCUUUCCACGAGUUGCAAAGCAGAUCUUGAUCAUCGCGCACUCGCUCAUUCACGUGCUUGAGCUGCUCGCCUUGGGCUUUCUGCUGAUGGCCUUCUUCGCUUGGGUGGCUCUGGUUCUCUUUCCCCCCGACACAGAGGAGGGCCAGCAGUUCUUUCCCGCCUUCUUUCCGGGCAUGUGGAGCCUCUUGGUUCUCCUCACGACGGCCAACUUCCCCGAUGUGAUGCUGCCAGCAUACCGGCUGAAUCGGGCAAGCGUGUUCUUCUUUCUGGCCUUCAUGCUGGUGGGUAUGUUCUUUCUGGUGAACGUAAUCACUGCAGUGGUCAUGACUGCAUAUCAGAACCAGGCGAACUCGGAUGAUGAGGGUCGGAAGAAGCUGAGGCAGCAGAAGGUGAAGGAAGCCUUCGAGCUCCUCACGGCCGAUGGGCCUCUAACCGUGGAGGACCUGCAAAAGGUGCUGGACGACUUGAGCUACUACGGUGGGCUUAGAGGCGACAGCGUGGUCAGUGCUUCGGCCAUCGACUCCAGCAACGACGGUGUCAUCAGCCGUCAGGAGUUUGGGGCCUUGAUUGGGUAUCUGAACACUGCGCUCAAGACGGACUGUCCGACUCCCUGUCUAGAGAGCUACUUCCCAGGCUUGCCAACGAACCCGCUCUGGCAGGGGGCGAAGGUCUGGAUCAACAGGGUCGGAUGGAUUAUAGACGUGAUCUUGAUCAUCAACCUCACCGUGAUGUUGAUUGAGAUGUGGCCCGUGCUUGCUGGCACAAGCAGCACCCACCCUGGCGUGCCCGAGAGAAUGGAGUUAAAAGCUGUGACAGGAUGGAGACAAAACGUUUUCACCUGGGUGUUCAUCACCGAAGCUGCCGCAAAGAUUGCGCUGUUCGGUCUCACGAAGUACCUCUCGGUUCACACCAACCAGUUUGACUUGCUGGUGACUGUGGUAAUUGCCCUUACCAGCUUCGCCCUCUGGUGCCCUUCCAUUCCUUUGUCCAACUGGACGCUCGUUCAAGUGGUCGCUUGCGCCCGACUUUUCCGCCUUUUCCGGCUGCUGAACAUGUACAAGCCUUACCACGACUUGGCGACGAUCACCUUCCUUCUCCUCCCCACUGCCAUGGACAUCUUCAUGAUCCUCUUCCUGAUGUGCUACUUCUUCUCGGCGAUCGGCGUGGCGCUGUUCGGAGGCAUGAUCAGCACGAACCCGGAGCAUCCGCAUCACGCGGCGGUCGCAGCCUCCAGCUUCGGCCAAGCAGGCUACUGGGCCAACAACUUCAACGACUUCGGCAUGGGCUUCGUGACGCUUUUUGAGCUCUUGGUGGUAAACAACUGGUUCCUUAUUGCGGACGGCUUCUCCGCUGCGGCUGGGGUGUGGUCUCGUGCAUACUUUGUGAGCUUCUACGUCCUGGGAGUGCUGGUCGGCCUGAACCUCGUGGUGUCCUUCAUCGUCGGUGCCUUCAUGGACGAGUACGAGUCGAAGAUACAUAAGAUAACCACAGAGGCAAAGAAUCAGGAAGACGAGUUCUGCCUCAAAGACCACGGGGAGGAUGGACUACAUGUAGGUGCAUAG